GCAGACGCCCUCUAUCGCCUAUGAAGAUUAAGCAGCUGUCGUAGAUGUUAUGAAGAAAAUCGGCUUGAAAAGAUGAAUAAAAUUAGUAUGACAUGCUUAAUCACUGUCUCCAUCUUCCUAUUGAUCAAUUUAUCUCAUUCUUAUACUGAAUUUUCACCCGGAUAUAUAAGCAAACGUGGAAAAAGAUCAUCAAUCGAACCCACCUGUCCCUCUAAAAUAGAAGAACGAAAAAUCAUACAAACUACAAAGUCUAUCAAAAAUGGAGCACUAUUUAUACCUCUAAAAGUAAAAAUAAAAUCACAAUCAGAUUGCUUAAGAGAAUGCUGCCAAAGGCCAAACUGUUCCUUGGCUGUUUUCAGAGUCCAGGGUUCUCCAUCUUGCUAUCUAUUCAAUUGCGGAAAACCUGAUAAAUGUAAAUUGGCGGACAAUGCUAAAUUUUCUGUUAUAAGAAGAGUAAAUAUAGUCGAUCACGAAUCUGAAUUGGAGGGUUUGGCGCAAAAAACAAAAAGUAUACCAACUACGACAACUACAACUACUUCACAACCAACAACAACUACGAGAAAACAAUUGGUUGGUUUAUACGGAAAUUGUAAUACCGACAAGGAUUGCGCCACUCCGAGCACAAUAUGUUUAAGCGGAUAUUGUCAAUGUCGACAAAACUAUCAUCCGAAGGAAGGAUAUUGUCGUCAAACUUGCAAUCGAUAUCAAUUUGAAUGUAGAAAUGCUGGUCAACCAUUAAUGACACCUCAAUGCGUAGCAACAUAUAAUGUAUGUGAUGGGAUAGCUCAUUGUAAAGAUGGCUCUGACGAAGAAAACUGUCGUCCAACGACUUCUUCAAUCGAUGAUUUACUAAAGUUUUUUGAACAAGUAAUAAAACACACUACCCAUCAACCAGAACAAAUACCAUUUUUACGCCCAGUUAAUCCGAAUGCGCAAUUGCCUCAUGGACGAAAGGUUUACAGACCAAUUGUUAUGAAAACUGAAAAACCGCCUACUUAUCCUCCAUCCAUUCAAUCUCCUCAACUUAUCACACAACCGCCAACAGAGAAAAAAAUAAACAACGUUCAAAAACAGCAAGAGAAUGUUGAUAUACCUAAUCAGGAAGAAAAUGAUCAAGUUAAUACUAAUAACCAAAAUGAAGACAACUUAUCUAAAAUAGCUGAAAAUGAGAAUAAUAGGGAUAGGGGAAGAGAAAAUCAAAACAAAAUAUAUCAACAAAAAGCUCCAGAACGUAAACCACAACCCACCUUUGUUCAACAAAAGUUCCCUACAAAUUCGAAUAAUGAUAACCUAGAUGCUUUCCCAGGGAGAUCUCGCCAACAAUUUAAUAAUAAUCGUCGAUACGAUCCUCGUUACUGGGCAUAUAUAUAUCAAAAUCCGCGCAGACCUAUCCAGAAUUAUUACGACGCAGUGGAUUAUGAUAUAGAUUAUUCAGGAAAAAUGAAACAAAGUCAAACUAUAAAAAAACCUGAUGGUCAUGAAGCCUCAAUGACAAGACCAAAAUCUCAUGGUAGUGACAAUACUGAUGACAAUGAGCAGAGUAAACCCAGUACAACAAAAAUACCUGUUGAAAUUAAACAAACAAAGGCAAAAACUGAGGCUUUUAAAUCAACUACAAAGAGUCUAAUUGAAGCGAAAUCACUUGUAGACGUUACGACUAGAGCAGUUAAAAAUGUUUCCAAAGUACGGAUAGAAAAUGAUCAUCAGAGCCAAAGUGUUAAAGGAGCAGUUAUAGCUCUAUGCCUGGGCCUAAUUAUUACUUCGAUUCUUCUAUUUUUCAUUGCUUUUAAAUUAAGGAGAUCAGUUAGAAGAUAUAGAAAAGCUAGGCACUUGAACGGGGGUGGAGCUGUCGACGCUGAUUAUUUGGUUAAUGGAAUGUACUUAUAG